AUGAGUAAUGUAUGUGACCGAGAUGAGAAGAAGUGUUUCAGAUGUGGACAGAAAGGACACACAUUGGCUGAUUGCAAGUGUGGGGAUAUUGUUUGCUACAACUGUAAUGAAGAAGGACAUAUUAGUUCACAGUGUACGCAGCCUAAGAAGGUUCGGACAGGUGGCAAGGGAGACCAUGUGUUUUUGAGAGUCACUCCUAUGACUGGUGUAGGACGUGCAUUGAAGUCAAAGAAGUUGACCCCGAAGUUUAUUGGUCCGUAUCAGAUAUCAGAAAGAGUUGGAACGGUGGCUUAUCGAGUGGGUUUACCACCGCAUCUUUCGAAUUUGCACGACGUUUUCCAUGUGUCGCAACUUCGGAAGUAUGUUCCGGAUCCAUCUCAUGUGAUCCAGAGUGACGAUGUGCAAGUUAGAGACAACCUUACGGUAGAGACUUUACCGGUGAGGAUUGAUGAUCGUAAAGUGAAGACGUUGAGAGGCAAAGAGAUACCUCUCGUGAGAGUCAUUUGGUCGGGAGCGACUGGUGAAAGCUUGACGUGGGAGCUUGAGAGUAAGAUGCUGGAGUCUUAUCCAGAA